UCUUCCUAAUGUAUGAAAUAAAUUGAAAAUGAACAUGUUUUUGUUAUUUUUUUACGUGAAUAUCUGUCAUCCAAGUGACAAAAAUACAAUUUAAUUUUCUAACGUCUUAGUGUUAAAAAUGGCAUAUCCCGUUAAAUAUUCAUAAAUAUAGCCGUGCAUUUAUUUGUGUAUGGACGUAUACCUUUAAUGCAUUCUCCCGCGAGUUCUCAGAGCGACCAUUUACUGGGUGUGUCAUAUAAUCAUAUUAAACACAAAAUUUGGCUUUGUAGCCAUUGGCAACAAGUAAAUACACAGGUGGUAUGAUUUUUAACUGGUCGAUACAUGCGUAAUAAUUACUUUAAAUAUAUUAAUGAUGGAUGCUGAAACAGUAAUCAAACUUUUUAAUGAACGUAAAUCAAAGUAUAACAUACCAUAUGAUCUGAAGAAAGAACAAGCAGAUGUGGCGGUUUCCAUUGCUAAUAAAAGAAACUGCGUGGCUUUUUUGCCAACUGGAUAUGGAAAGACAUUAUGCUUUAUGGUGAACGCAAUAAUACAUGAUAUACCAUGUUUAACACUGGUUGUUUCUCCGUUACUGUCCUUAAUGGAUAGUCAAAUUAAAAGUUUGAAGGCAUGUAACUUUACAUGCAUAAAGAUUGGAUCUGAUCUUACUGCAGAGGAAUCAGACGGUAUGAUUUUCGGAUUAAAUUACUUUAUAAAGAACCGUAUAUAUACAUAUUUAUUAUGUUGUAAACAGAUAAUUAAAUUAAUGAUUUUUACAGGGAUUUCGACAGGCGAGUACAGCUUCGUAUUUAGUUCACCUGAGUCAGUGUUAAAACAAAAAUGGCGAGAUAUUUUCCUUAAUGAUAUUUGGCAGAGCAGGAUUGCACUUAUUGUCUUUGACGAAGCCCAUUGCAUAUCGGAAUGGGGAGAAGAAUUUAGGCCUGAAUAUCAAGAGAUGUCACAGUUGCGCAGUUUUUUCAAAGCACCAGUUCUGUCUCUAACUGCAACUUGUACCCCAAAGAUAAAGGAAGAAAUAAUGACUUCCCUACAGUUAGAUGAGUGUAAUACUGAUAUCAUAUGUAAAUCAGCAAACAGGGAAAACAUAUUCAUCAUAUGUAGAAAGAAAUUGACAAGAGAAUAUGAGGUCGAGUUAGACUGGCUAGUAAACCAUUUAAAGGAAAGGGGCAAGAAUUCAAAAAAAAGUAUUGUUUAUUGUCGUUCAAUUGACACGGUAUCAGAGGUAUUUAUUACCGUGAAACGCUUGUUAGGAGACCAGGCAUAUAGUGAUGGCAUUAAGUGUUCUCAAAACUUAUUAGUAGAGAUGUACCACAAGUGCACUCAUGAAACGUCAAAAAAUAGAAUUUUAACUGAUUUCUCUUCAAAUUUAAGCACUAUUAGAUGUUUGUUUGCCACAGUCGCUCUUGGAAUGGGUAUAGAUAUUCCAGAUGUGGACAUAGUAGUCCAUAUCGGAUGUCCUAAAUCAGUUAUUUCCUACUGGCAAGAAGCUGGCAGAUGUGCACGAGAUGGUCGACAAGGUUUAAGUUACAUAAUGUACGAUAACUUUACAGCAUCUUUGAAGAACACUGAUAAAUCUAUGGCUUCUAUGGUCAGAAGUAGUGAAACGGACUGCAUUCGAAAACAAGUGCUUUCAACGUUUUCCAUUUCAGAAGCACACAGCUAUAUAAGCACUGUAUGUGAAGGAUGUGAUUUUAAGUAUUGUAACUGCCAGGCUUGUAGGUGCUGUGAAAUUUGUGCCCAGCGAUGUCCUUGUUCUAAAAGAUCUAUUCUCGAUUUGGAUACUUUUUUAUCAAAUGUCGAUUUUAAUGCACGGUUGACUUCCGAAAAAAAUUGAGAUUCAAAGGAAACCCAUAGUAAAAUCGUUAGUAUAUGGGACCCUGGACAUACAUGUUCAUAUUAUAUUCCAGACAUAUUCCAAUGAGCUUUUUAUUCUAAAAGUUUCUGACUAUUUUAUAAUUUUAGCGUAUUCUUUCUUUUUUGUGUAUUUUUUUGUGUUUUCUCCCAUUUUUGCAAACCUAUAGUAACAUAAAAUAUCAGUAAUGUUACGAUGUAUGAUUAACAAUAAACAAAAUUUAAGUGCACAUAUUUAUAUUUAUUUUUAGAAAUGACAAUUUACAGACAAGCUCUGUGGCUUUUCAAAGACAUACUUAACAACUUGUUUUGAAAUUUACUCCCUGAAAUGAAACAUGUAUAAAGUGUACGUAUUUAUGGUUUUUUAUUCAUAACAUUAUACAGAAAAAUCACAUCACUUUAUCAUGUUAGACAUGUAACUUUAUAUGUUCACAUUUUUUCUAGUCACUCACUCUCUUGAAAACGAUCGAUAACAAGUGUUUUUAUUCUUAACAGCCACAGUUUUGAUAAAUCACGUCCAGGGUGGAUUCCAUCAACAUAUAAAUUGCUAAAAUUAUAAUUGUACUUUGUUACAUAACCAGUCCUUCGUUUAACUUUAGAACACUUUUCUAAAUCCAGUGAAAACUUUGGU